AAGCAGCAUAGUCGCAUUUCACUUGGAAUUAAAAUUAAAAUGGAUAAAAAAAAUACGGCCCCCAUCGAUGCUGAAGUUAAAAAUGAUCGUAAAAAUUGGUCUGGAAAAUUGGAUUUUUUAAUGUCUUGCAUAUCCGUAUCAGUUGGUUUGGGUAAUAUAUGGAGGUUCCCAUUCAUCGCAUAUGAAAAUGGCGGAGGAGUUUUCCUGAUACCAUACAUAAUUAUACUGUUUCUUAUUGGUAAACCUAUGUACUACAUGGAAGCUCUUUUGGGCCAAUUUGCCAGUAAAAGUUCCGUGAAGAUGUGGUCUGCUUGUCCAAUAUUUAUGGGAGUGGGCAUUGGGCAGGCAAUAGCAACGUUUGCCGUAUUGACAUACUAUUCGGCUUUAAUAGCCGUAACUAUUUAUUAUUUCAUCGCAUCUUUUCAAUCGCCCUUGCCAUGGGCGUAUUGUAGGGAAGACUGGCUAAACUGCGUCGGCGCUAGUCUCUCAAACAGUGAAAAUGUUAGCUCAAGUGAAAAAUUACAAAGCAGCUCCGAGUUGUAUUUCAGUAAAACUGUUUUGAGAGAAUUUGACGAUAUAUCUGAAGGGAUUGGAAUUCCUAGCUGGCGACUUAUAUUAACUCUUUUGCUUUCUUGGAUAGUUACAUAUUUAAUUUUAAUAAAAGGCAUGAGAAGUUUGGGAAAGGUUGCAUACUUUUUGGCGAUAUUCCCCUACGUAAUCUUAAUAACAUUGCUAAUAAGGGCAGUGACUUUAGAGGGGUCUGUUGACGGAAUUAUAUAUUUUCUAAAACCUGAAUGGAAUAAAUUGCUUAAUAUGAAGGUGUGGAAAGAAGCAGUAGUUCAGUGUUUCUUUUCUUUAGCUGUUUCUUUUGGACCGAUUGUUGCCUUUUCGUCACAUAAUCAAUUUCGUUACAAGGUGUACAGAGAUGCUAUGAUUGUUACAACGUUGGACACCAUUACAUCUCUUGUGGCUGGCAUUACUAUUUUUGGAAUAUUAGGAAAUUUAGCACUUAACCUGAAUGCACCAAAUAUUAGAGAGGUGGUGCGUAGUGGCACUGGAUUGGCAUUUAUUUCAUAUCCUGAUGCAAUUGCUAAAUUCAAUUUUGUACCUCAACUUUUUUCGGUAUUAUUUUUUUUCAUGCUUUUUGUUCUCGGGAUCGGCACCUUAGCGGCACUACAAAGUGCUUUAGUGACAAUUAUCUGUGACCAAUUCAAAUUAAAAAGGUUCUGGCUUGCUUCAUUGAUAGCAACAAUAAUCGAAUUUGGCAUUAGUAUAUUAUAUGUGACGCCGGGUGGACAAUGGAUUCUUAAUCUUGUGGACUAUUUCGCUGGAACUUACAUAGUAUUCUCUCUAGCAGUUUUUGAAAUAGUCGGUAUAACAUGGUUCUAUGGUUUGCGUAACUUCUGUGAUGACGUGGAAUUCAUGACCAACCGAAAAGUGUCCAUUUACUGGCGACUUUGUUGGGGCAUAAUAACUCCAUUACUAUUGGCGGUCAUUUUUAUAUAUUCACUUGCGGUCAUGGAACCUUUAACAUAUGCAGGGUGGUCAUACCCCACUUCUGCCGAAAUUGUCGGCUGGAUAUUACUCUUAAUUGGAUUUCUUCAAUUUCCCUUGUGGGGUAUUUGGUACUUAUAUAUUCAUAAAGAAGCUACCUUUAAAAGAACAAUAACAAUAUCGAUAUCUCCGAGUCAGAAGUGGGGCCCAACAGAUCCAGAAAUAUAUGUGGAAUGGCUGCAGCACAAGGAAUCUCUAAAGAGGUUGCGGGAAGCAGAGAGAAAUGAAAAGGAGCUUAGCAAGUUUAAACAAAAUAUUUAUUAUCUAAUAGGCAUAUCGAAAUAAAGUUGAUAAAUGGCAAUAUAA